UUACCUGGCUGAAGUCACAUCCAGAAUCUCAUUACUGACCCAAUACAAUCGAUAACUGAGGCUCAUUGUGUUCCGCCAGCCCCAGCAGACAAGACGCUCAUCUGUUUAUCUCGUCUCAACAAAGACCAGAUAUGGCCGUGGCAAAUUUUCACUACAUCACUCGGAUGAGCAGUGGCUUCAAGGUCUACAUUUUAGAAGGUCAGCCCCACCUCAGAAGUGAGGAUCGAUACAGACAUAUCACAACUGACCGGGGUCACGGCCCACCCGUGUAUCCAAUCAAACACAAGCGCCGUCAUGAGAGAGGCCUCACUUUAGAAGAAAGAAGAGAAUGUGCACUGAGUAAAAGCAGCGCUAAAGCAGCCCAGAGAUCAGCACCGGCCGUCUUCAGCAGCCCACAUAGUCCCACAUCCACAUGGAAUCCACCAUCCAGCCCGUGCAGCCCCGUGCUGCCCCAGAUCUACUGCACCCCUCCCAUGGAUGAACCACUUCCGCUCAUCAAGAAACUGAGAAAGGAACCUGACAACAUGGACAAAAAGCCCAAAAGCACAGCCACCGAUCAGACACAGAUGCGUCCAUCUGUGAUCACUUGUGUAUCUUCGAUCAGAAGCCCCACCUGCAGAUCUGAGGUCCACAAAAGCCCUUCAUUAGCAAUCUGCAAGUCCAACUAUGACCAUGUGGUUGAGGAACAUUUCCAGAGAAGUCUCGGUGCCAAUUACCAACAAGUUCACUCCCGGCAGCUGUCCAUCAGUGUGUCCGUUGAUGACCACUUUGCCAAGGCCUUGGGCGACAAGUGGCAGCAGCUGAAACCCAAGUCUUCUUCCUGUUCCUCCACGCCACCCAGCAGUCCGAGCGUUACUCACUCCCCCACGUACAGCCACAGCCCCAAUCACACCCACAAAACAUCCUGCAGCAACGCAUCACCGACCUCCAGCCACUGGCCUGUCAAUUAAACCGCAAAAGACAUUCUGAUCUGUGGGGAAAACUGACUUUGGGACUUUUUACAUUUCACUGCAUCCAACGUUGCUGUAUGGAAAUGGUGGCAUUGGGUAGUCUAAUUGAGCCAGGAGUGCUGUGGCAAAAUUUCACUUGUGUCAACACAGAAUAAUGUAGCAUUAAAUGUCCGUCAAUAGUACAAAUGCAUGAGAUAAAUUGUGAAAGGGGUUAAGGAAAAUAUCAACAAAAUAUUCAUUUGCAUUUCUUUGGUUGAGUGCCAUUCAUUUCAUGCAGUAAGGAUACAAACCAGUAUCAGGUUUUUAUUUUGUUGGGGUCAAGUGUGUCAUAGGCAAUAUACAUAUUUUUUUUUACAGACACUCAAUGUACAAGCAGUAUACAGAUUAUAUCAGGCAGAUGCUACAAUAGAAUGUGUGUGGUAGAGCAAACAACAAUUACGUGCAUUUAACAAAAUGUGAUAUUUGAGUAUUUGUACAAUACAGUAUUUGUAUAUGAGCUGUAGGAAGUAAUACUACUAUGACAAAAAGAGAAAGCAUAGCAUAUCAGGUGAUACUGAUCAGCUAUUUAUGAGGGUAAUGACAACAGGAAAGAAACUACUCCUGUGUCUGGUAGGUUUGAUAUACAUUGUUCUCUAGAAUGCUAGCGGGGAGGAGGGGAGGUGUUGAGUUGUAUUAAUGGGUGUCUUGACUGAUUCUUGAACAGUACAAGUCCUUUUAGGUGGGUAUGGGAGCACAUAUGAUUUUAUUUUCCUGCGAUCCUUAUUGUUCAUUGCAGUCUGUCCCUGUAAUGUUUCCUGGGUGGUCUUGAACCCAACUAUGAUGGAUGUGAACAGGACAGAUUCGAUUACGGCAGUGUUGAACUGGCUCAGCAGGUCCUUUGGCAGACCAUACUUUCUUAGAAAACUCAUUCUCUCCUGGACCUUUUUUGAUGGAUGGAGUUAAUAAUGGACCCACUUGAGGUCACGGGAAAUGUUAGUUCCCAGAAAUGUUAAGGUUUCAACAGUUGAGACAGGGUCAUUUACUAUUGUGAGGGGUGUUUCUUCAAGUCCACUGUCAGCUCUCCAGUCUUGAACAUUUUCAGCUUAAAUUUGCUCUGAAUGCCCCCAAUAUACAGACUUGGGGCCAUUUUGAAUAAGUCCAUUGACUGUAAAGUGUCAUUUACAAAGUUGAACUGCUGGGUUCUUGGAGGUAAAGUCAUUAGUGUAGAAAGAGGUGAGGGAAGAGGACACAUCUCUUAGCACCACUGCUGACUCUCCGUACACCAGAAACAGCCACACUUGUUGUUUCCUGCCUGUCAGGAAGCUGGUGAUCCACUGAGAGCAGGGAACUCUAAGAGUUUGGAGCAGAGGAUUUCUGGAAUGAUUGCACUGAACACUGAGCUGAAGUCCACAAACAGGAUCCUUGUAUACAUCCCCGAGCAGUCAAGAUGUUGCAGAAUGUAGUGCAGUCCCAAGUUAACAAGUGUCAUCCACUGAACUCUUUGCUUGGCAGAAAAACUGCAAAGGGUCCAGCAGUUGUCCUAGAAUGUUCUUCAUGUAGGCCAACACCAGGCAUUCAAAGGACUUUAUGACCACACAUGUCAGGCUGAGCGGCACGCAGUCUUUCAGUCCUGUGGUACAGGCUUUCUUGGGUACAUGUAGCACACAACAGUAGGUUGGAAGUGUCAAAUGUAGACUCACCCACUGAAAAUACUCCGUUUGGUUUAAGUGAAGGGUGGUACCUGGGUAGAACAUGCAUGUGGCAGGAAAUGAUGUAAAGGUGCCAUUUCAGAUAGACAAAUUCCAGUUAGAGGAAAUUAUACUUUUAAUCAGUUGGGCACAUUCUACACACAAAAUAAUUUCAAAAUAUGAAUGAUAUUUUAAGAAAUAUGCACUGUUGUCUUUUAUUUUGACAAAUUCAGUAAAAUGAAAAAGUAUACUUUUGAUGAAAAUGGUAUAUUUCCAUUAAAUGAUAGAUAAAUUCCAGCAA